AUGAGGAGAAAGGCAGGCAUUGGCGCAAUUCACAAGCAGAAACUUGAACAAGAAAAAUACAAGGAUAAGGGUACAGAGAUACAAGAAAAUCAAUUUGAGCAGAUGACCAAACAAAUGGAAACGUUUCGUGUUAACUUGGAGGAAUUUGCAACGAAGCACAAAAACGAGAUUAAAAAGAAUGCUCAAUUUCGCCGUCAAUUCACCGAGAUGUGUGCCUCCAUAGGUGUAGAUCCGUUAGCCUCUGGUAAAGGUUUUUGGUCGGUGUUAGGAAUUGGUGACUUUUAUUACGAACUAGCGGUACAGAUUGUGGAAGUAUGUAUGGCUACCAAUUACAAAAAUGGUGGCCUCAUAUCUUUGGACGAAUUAAGGACACGUUUGAUACAGGCAAGAGGCCGUCGUAAAGAACAUCAAGAGAUAACGAAUGAGGAUCUCCUGGCAGCAUCUAAAAAAUUGAAAAUUUUUGGAAAUGGAUUCGCGAUAGUUCCAAUAGGUAGAGGAAAGCAUCUAGUCCAGUCUGUUCCAGGUGAAUUAAGUAUGGAUCAUACCGCUGUGCUGCAGCAAGCUAGCUUGUCUGGAAAUGCGCACGUAUCAAGGUCUAUGCUAGAAAAUGAAUUAAGAUGGGAAAGAGAGAGAGCUCAGAAAGCAUUGGAUCACAUGGUGAAGGAAGGAUUGGCUUGGUUGGACGAACAAGGAGAACAUGAAGCCUUGUAUUGGUUUCCUAGUUUGUUUACGGGCUGCAUCGCGUCCAAAGAAUAAUAUUUUUUAUAGAUUUUAUCUCAGAAGCCAAGAUGACGUGAUAUUAAUCCUACUACGAGUAUGACAUUAUAAUGUCACCUGACUUUAUUUUCUUCGCUGCAUCUAAAACAUACAAAGAUACUUAAAUACACAAAGAAAUUCUACAUCCGCCAUAGACAAUAAAAUAAAUAUUUUAACAUACCUCGGAA